CGUAUUGGAUGUAUGUAAGUGCAGUACUGGGUUUCCCCUACCCCUGAGAGAGACAGAGAGAUGGGGGGGAGAGACAAAGACAGAGAUGAGGGGAGACAGAGAUAGACCAGAGAGAGAGAGAGUGAGAGAGGGAUGCAUGGGUAUGCGUACGUGUUUAUAUUUGUUGACAGAAACAGAAAGUUGUUUAGUCUGGAUCGAUUGACCUCUGUCCUCUCCCUCCCUGACCAGUAACUUCUGACCUCUAAUCUCCAACCCCUUCCUUAGCGAUGGAUGUCCUGGUGACGGAGCUCAACGUUCUGCUGAAGCUGCUGGACAACGAGACUCUGAGCUUUCAUACUGAGGAGAAGAAGACCUCUGUUAGGAACCUGCUGAAACAACUACAGCCCACAGGACCAGACUACUUGUCCAUGAACACGUCAGUCUACAGACACGGCACCAGCUUUGUGGAAUCCCUCUUCGAGACCUUUGACUGUGACCUGGGGGAGCUGAAAGACAUGACAGAGGACAGGAAAGAGAAGCAGGACACACACACAGAGACACACACUGAAACAAUACCCUCAAAACAGGUGAGCUACGCAUUACACACAGUUAUUGUUCCUGUGUGUUCAUACAUGUGUUUUUAUGUGUGUCUAUGAAUCUGAAGUACUGUUUAUCAAUCCUAGUCACCUUUGAAUCGUUCCCCUCAACAACAAUGACGCUCUGGAAUUAAAUCAUAGCUGGCCCAUGUGGAGCAUAAACUGUGAUAUCACCCUGUACAUAAAGGGGUGGGGGGUGACAGAGGUAUGGCAGUAAGGGAGGAUGACAGAGAGGUAUGGCAGUAAGGGAGGAUG